AUGAUAUCCUUUUGUCAAUCCAUCUCGAGAUCUGAAUUGCAGGCUGGAGUGAUCAAAGGAAAGUUACAGCUGGGCUCUUUUUAUACUCAGCAUCUAAUGAAUGAGCGAGUUGCUUAUGCUAGACCUGUUUGGUGUAAGCUCUCAGUGCCUAUACACAGAUUUAUUCUGUGGCAGGCUGUUAACCACCAUUUACUCACUCGGGACUUACUUGCUGCUCAUCACAUACCAGUAGUAAAUUUAAGAUGUCCAGUUUGUGAUCUUGUUGAGGAAAGUCAUGGCCAUCUUUUCUUUGAUUGCAUCUUCUCUAGAAAGGUCUUACUGCUAGUUUCUGGUUGGCUUGGAGGGGUUACUUGGCCUGGAAAAUUUGAGGACUGGAUCGUUUGGCUGUCCAACUGGAAGUCGGACUGGAUGCAUUUUAUAGUGGCUUCUUCUCUUGCUGCUUGUACUUAUUUUAUCCGAUAUAAUAGAAAUGCUUGUUGUUUUAGUGAUAGUUGUUUAACUAACUUUAAAAUAGAUCAUCUGAUUAGGCAAGCAGUCAAAGCUAGAGUUCUUAAUGUAAAUUCUAGGCACCUAUCUACUAGAGUGUAA